UAAGUCAGAAUAAAUUUCACACUCUUCCGUGUGUAAAAUUUCAUUAUAGAGUCACUGAUGGCUCCAUUUCCAUCUGGGUGAUAUCUUUAAAUCCAGCUUCCUUUCUAUUUUGUACCAUGACAGCAUGUACCUUAUCCAGUUAUUUGAUACAUUUAUGCAAAGUAUGAGUCUACCAGAUAUGUUAUGUCUUGAAAGUAAAAUGUGAAAAUGAAGACUUUUCCAUAAAAAUGCUUUAGUUUCAUCCAGGAUUGAUUACUGCAAUGCACUCUACAUGGGGCUGCUUUUGAAGACGGCUCGGAAACUGCAAUUAGUGCAAAGGCUGGCAGCCAGAUUGCUAACCGGGGCUGCUUAUAGGGAGCAUACUAUGCCUCUAUUGAAGCAGCUCCACUGGCUACCAACAAGUUUCCAGGCCCAAUUCAAUUACCUAUAAAUCCCUGUACGGUUUAGGUCCAGCCUGUCUUUGUGACCGCAUCUCUUUUAUGAACUGGCGCUGACUCUUAAGGUCCACCGGGGAGGCACUCUUCUAGGUCCCACCGCUUUCAUAAGUAUGGUUGGUGGGGACGAGGAAGAUGGCCUUCUCGGUGGUAGCCCCAGGCUGUGGAACGCCCUCCCGAGGGAAAUUAGGCUAGCCCCCACCCUCUAAUGUUUUUGGUCCAACCUAAAAACUUGGCUCUUAAACUAAGCUUUCCAGCAGGUAUAGAGCCCAAAAGGUUUAAAUUGUAGACCUGUUGGUGUUCACUAAAAGCACUUGUUUGUUGUUACUCAUUUUAUGUCUAUAAUUACAUGAUGUUUUAUUGAUGUCUGCUUUAGGGUUGAUUGGUUUUAUUGUGGCAUUGAUGAUGUACAUUAUGUUUUCCUUUGAUAUUGAUGUAUUUGUAUUUAUUGCACUCUAUGUAUUGUUACAUUACGAGUGCUUGUGGGGUAAAAAUAAAGUUUAUUAUUAACUGCUAGGCAGUGAUACUAGCCUACUCUAUUCUAGGGGAAUGAAAUAUUUGUUUAUUAUACUUGCAAUAUACGUUAUUAAAGGGCAUGUCAGAGUUGCCUGAAUUAGCAUUUUGUUUAUAAUUGUAACUUUAAAUUCUGACAGACCUCAAUAUACAAUCAUAUAAGGAGUAAACCAGAUUUCCAAAAAGCCAUGCAGAGGAUGUAACUAAUAGUUAAUAAAGACCAGUUUAAAAAUGGGAUAAGCAACAUAAGAGGGAAAAUGUGCGUAGGUUCACAAUGCUGAAUCAGAACACUAGGCAAGCCAAAGUGAUGAACUCAUUUAUUUUUCCCUUGAGGAUUUGAACAAGAGACGGGAAGUCAUUGACUCAUAAGUAAGAUCAUUUACUGUGCAACUGUAAACAGUAUAUAUUGUGCCAGCAAAUAUUUCCAUAGUUCUUCACUUUCUGGAAAAUGCAAAGCAAAUAAUUUUGCUAGAAUUAUAAAGACCAGGACCCGCACACAAAUAGAGGUCAGUCUCAAGGUUUAUGUGAGUGAAAUCAUAUUUGUAUUUUAGUUAAAUGUUAAUUUUCUGGAAUGCUGGAAAAAUCUAUUCUGUUUAUCAUGUUGAUGUCACAUCUGCACAAAUUUUUCCCACAAAACCUCAGAUUUGACCUACAUAGAAGUCCCUGAAAACAAAAAUGCUUGAGACCCUGUUUUGCUAGUAAGCAUUAGCAGGUUUUGUUAAUAAUAACUCUUAAAAUUAUCAAAUUGAUUUUAAUAUGUAUAAAUGGUUUUAAAUAGGAGGGCAUGGAGCAUGAAUAUCUGUAUUAUAAGUGGUGUUCAACACUAGAAUAGACUUAUUGGAGAGUGGUGGAGUCUCCUUCUUUAGAGGUCUUUAAACAGAGGAUGCCUGGGUAUCUUUCAGGAAUGCUUCAAAUAUUUCAGCAUGGUGGGGGACUGGAUUAGAUUAAAUGACCCUUGUGGUCCCAUCCAACUCAAAGAUUUAUAAGUUGUAAUGUCAGCAAGUGUUAAAGUCACAUAAUAUGGUGAAAAUGUAUAUUUCAAGGUACACAGUGGAAUUACUCAUUAAUGGAAAUUUCAUUAUAUGUUUCUAGUAUAUGCAUACUUUCAUGAUUUCUUAGAAAGAAAUCAUAAUUUUGCUUUGUUGCUUUCCAAUAUCUACAAUGAUGUAAGACUCAUUUGCUUUGGUAAAGGUGUAUAGUCUGAAGUCUUAGUUCUCUAAUUUUGACAUUUAUUUUUUUAAAUCACAAAGUUAGUAUAAUCUACUUAUUGGUUCUGUGAGCUAUUCUUAUAAUUUCUUUUAAAAUGAUAACAGUGAUAUGAUGUAAAUACUCUAAUGGACAGUGGAAGAAUAUUUAACUGUUUGACAGUUUUACUAACUGCAUUUGGAAUGUAAUGGGUUUUUUUUAAAGUGACAUUAGGAUCAGUAAUAAUAAAUAGAUGGCACUUCAAAACUUAGCUAUUAUAAAUUGAGUUAUUUUGCAUAAGCUCAUCCCAUUACAAAUUUUAUUGGAAAGCUUUUAGUUUCAUGGGAAACAUAACAAAAGUAUUUUAGCUUUUGCUGCUUUGGCUGAUAUCAGACACUUAUGUAUGUGUUAAAUAUGACCUAUAAAUAGAAUUGAAAUUAAAUAUUUACUUUUGGACUUGAUGCUGUGUUUUAAUAGCCAUGACAAUAGCUUACAUUGUAGAUUAUAACUUGGGAGCAGAUACUAAAACAAUCUGUGUGUAUUUUAUGAGAUAGACACAGAAAGAUAGAUUCAGACAUAGUUUAUCCUCGGACAAUUCUAAUUAAAUGCAUUAAAUGUUAAAGGAUGUAAUACUAAACACAUUUGCUAGAGAAAUAAUCAGCAUGUCAUAUACACCAGCUCCCUUCUGUUCCAGAACCAAAAUUUAAGAGGAAAGUAACAGGCAUUUGGUAUUAUGUAUGAAAGCCAUGGUUGGUGAUGCUAGGACAUACAAAACUACAUUUUUCAGAUAAAACCUCUUGCAUAAGAGCUGACAUAGAUGCUGUUGCUGGAGCAGAGACCAACAACGAGGUGUCCAGCAACUCCGUGAGUGGGAUUAUACUGGAUCAGUUUCAAUUGGUAUGGCAGAGUUCCUAGAACUAGACUGGACAGUAGACUGGAAGGAGAGAUGUGUUGCUUUGGAGUCCCAGCUGAUGAAAUUUCGUCUCCAAGCAAGCAAAAUAAGGGAGUUGCUGGCAGAGAAGAUGCAGCAACUUGAAAAACAAGUUGUUGACGCAGACCGUCAAGCAGAAAAGGCUUUUCAACAGGUUCAGAUUAUGGAAGAGAAACUAAAAGCUGCUAACAUCCAAACCAGUGAGUCAGAGACAAGGUUGUAUAAGAAGUGUCAAGAUUUGGAGAUACUGAUGCAGGAGAAGGAUGACGUUAUACAGAAUUUGGAGCAACAGCUUCUAGACCAGCAAAUAAGAGUACAAGAGGCAAAAAUUAUUGAAGAAAAAGCAGCAAAGAUAAAAGAAUGGGUGACUGUCAAGCUCCAUGAGCUAGAAGUAGAGAAUCAGAACCUACGCAUGAUCAACCAAAACCAGACUGAAGAAAUGAGGCUGCUGCAGAACAAACUGCAAGAACUUCAGGGAAAGAAAUCAGUUCCUUCAACGCAUAAACCUUCAGAAGGCCAGCGACUGAGCAGCUUGACUUUUGGGUGCUUCCUGAAUAGAGCAAGAAGCCCACAACAAGUUCCUAAGCCAGAAGACCCAAACAGCUCUGCAUCAAAGCAAGCUGAACUGAGUGAAGGCAACAGCAAUCUAGAGAAAGAAAACCAGGAAACAUCUUCUGUUGGCCCGACAAUGUAUGGAAAUAAUAGAAAUCUGAAGCCCUUACAACAAAAUGCUUUUAUGUUAGAACAAAGACAAGCAGUAAAAUCAAAAGAUCUAGAUAGUAAUGUGUCAAAGAAUUCCUGCAUUACAGUAAGUGAUUGGAGCUCUGAUGAAGAGGAAGCAAGUAAGAGAAGAUCAAAAUCUAGGUGCGCAUCUACUCUUUCAAGCCACACAUCUGAAGAGGGUACAGGAUACAGCAGAAUUGGGAGUGAAAUGUACUUGACAGCAUCAGAUGACAGCAGUUCUUUUAUAGAAGAAGAGGGUUUCCAAGCUCAAGGAAGUAUGCACAAAAAAUUAUAUUCCUGGCAACAAGGGUCACCAUGGAAAAACCAGAACCAUGUCAUUGGAAAAAGCAAUUUGGAAUCCUUCAGUGACAAGAAAGACCAUGAUAGUUUUUCUGAUGAACUGAAUAAAAAGUUUCAGUCCCACAAGUUGGAUUAUUCCUCUUCUUCUAGUGAGGCCAAUACUCCAAGUCCGAUUCUAACUCCAGCUCUAGCUCCUAAGCAUCCUGCACUGAUGCAGGCAGUGGGCUCUGACAGACAGCUGGAUUCUCCGUCGAAUUUGCCCCCUCCAAAGCUGAGGACUCCGAGUGUCUUUGCUCUAAACGCAGCAUUGGCAAAAAAACAUUUUAGCCAACCAUCUCUAUGUUCAGACAAAAUGUUCGGCAGAAACAGAAAUGCAAUUAGCAUGAUACGUCCCUUCAAGCCUCAGGAAACAGAUAUUGAUCAGGUGGAUGGAGAAGGUACAGAUGUUUUAGAAAAGAUGGAUAUUGACUGUAAUGAUGAACUCUUUACUUAUGAUGCCUGCGAAACUCAAUGUGUAGAAUCCUUUGACUCUGGUGACACAAGGACAACUGCAAACAGCAAGCCUCCUACCCCACCACUGCAUCGAUUCCCCUCUUGGGAAAGCAGAAUUUAUGCUGUAGCCAAGUCGGGUUUACACUUUUCUGAGGCCUUUAGCGUGGAUUCCUUCAGCAAAAGUUCUACUUCUUCAACUUCAUAUUCAUCAUCAGGACUUUAUACAUCAUUAAUAUACAAGAAUGUGACUACACCAGUCUAUACUACUCUUAAAGGGAAAGCAGCACAAAUCAGCAACAACCCAUUUUUAGAUGAUUCAUCGGGGUCUGAAGAAGAAGACAGUUCCCGAUCUAGUUCUCGAACAUCUGAAUCAGACUCUCGAAGCCGAAGUGGCCCAGGUAGUCCACGAGCCAUGAAGCGAGGUGUUUCUCUUUCUUCAGUGAUAUCAGAAGGUGAUUAUGCCAUUCCUCCUGAUGCUUACUCAACUGAUACCGACUAUUCAGAACCAGAACAAAAGCUGCCAAAGACCUGCUCAUUAUCUAGUGAUAACGGGAAAAAUGAACCACUGGAAAAAUCUGGAUAUUUGUUAAAAAUGGGUGGAAAAGUAAAGACAUGGAAACGGCGAUGGUUUGUUCUCAAAGGAGGGGAAUUGCUUUACUACAAAUCUCCGAGUGAUGUAAUAAGAAAACCCCAAGGACAAAUUGAACUAAAUGCCUCCAGUCGCAUUGUGAGAGGGGAUGGAAAACAAACAGUUCAGCUGACUACUGAAAAAAGAACAUAUUACUUGACUGCAGAUUCCCCAAACAUUUUGGAAGAAUGGAUCAAAGUACUGCAGAAUGUUCUUAAAGUUCAGGCUGCAAGUCCACUUUUUAUUCAACCAGAUGUCAAACCAACCAUGAAAGGCUUGCUUACUAAGGUGAAACAUGGAUAUUCCAAGAGAGUGUGGUGUAUGCUAGUGGGGAAAACUUUAUAUUAUUUCCGCAGCCAAGAAGACAAGUUUCCUUUGGGUCAGAUAAAACUUUGGGAGGCUAAAGUUGAAGAAGUUGACCGGUCAUGCGACUCAGAUGAAGAUUAUGAAGCCAGUGGCCGUAGUUUGUUAUCAACACAUUACACCAUUGUGACCCAUCCUAAAGAACAAGGCCCCACUUAUCUGCUUAUAGGAUCCAAGCACGAGAAGGAUACUUGGCUCUAUCACCUGACAGUUGCUGCUGGGAGCACAAAUAUAAAUGUUGGGACAGAGUUUGAGCAGCUUGUCUGCAAACUGUUAAACAUUGAAGGGGACUCUACUUCUCAAAUCUGGAGACAUCCAACUCUCUGUCACAGCAAAGAUGGGAUUACUUCUCCUCUUACAACUCUUCCCUCAGAGGCUUUGCAAACAGAAGCUAUAAAAUUAUUUAAGACUUGCCAGCUGUUUAUAAAUGCUGCAGUGGACUCUCCUGCCAUUGACUACCAUGUGUCCUUAGCUCAAAGUGCUUUACAAGUGUGCCUCACACAUCCAGAGCUGCAGAAUGAAAUCUGUUGUCAAUUGGUUAAGCAGACAAGACGAAGGCAGCCGCCUAAUCAGAUAGGACCAAUUCAGGCCUGGCAGCUUUUAGCGCUCUGCGUUGGACUCUUUCUUCCACAGCAUCCCUUCCUUUGGCUCAUCAAACUUCACUUGAAGAAAAAUGCAGAUUCCAGGACUGAAUUUGGAAAAUAUGCUAUUUACUGCCAGCGAUGUGUAGAAAGAACCCAGCGGAAUGGUGACAGAGAAGCCAGACCUUCUAGAAUGGAAAUUCUUUCCACACUUCUAAGAAAUCCCUACCAUCAUUCAUUACCCUUUAGUGUUCCUGUGCAUUUCAUGAAUGGCAUAUACCAGGUUGUUGGGUUUGAUGCUUCCACCACAGUGGAAGAAUUUCUGAAUACGCUUAAUCAGGAUACAGGAAUGAGGAAACCAGCAGAAUCAGGUUUUGCUUUGUUUACCGAUGAUCCUUCAGGCAAAGAUGUGGAACACUGUCUCCAAGGAAAUAUCAAGAUCUGUGACAUUAUUUCUAGAUGGGAACAGGCAUCCAAAGAACAGCAUCCUGGGAAAUGUGAAGGGACAAGGACUGUAAGGCUUACUUACAAGAACAGGCUUUAUUUUUCGAUGCAAAUUCGUGGAGAGACUGAAAGAGAAAAGUUGCUAUUAAUGUAUCAAACAAAUGAUCAAAUUGUAAAUGGUCUUUUCCCUGUAAACAAAGAUCUGGCACUAGAACUGGCAGCACUUCUGGCACAGGUGGAGAUUGGGGACUUUGAAAGGCCUUUUUCAACUCCAGCAGGACAAAUGACUUCUCCAUCAAAAUCAAAUCAAACUUUAAAACAAGUGAUGGAGAAGUUUUACCCAAAAAGAUAUAGAGAUGGCUGUUCAGAAGAACAAUUAAGACAGCUUUGUCAGCGGCUGUCAACAAAAUGGAUGGCUCUCCGAGGUCACAGUGCUUCAGACUGUGUACGCAUUUAUUUGGCUGUUGCCCGAAAAUGGCCUUUCUUCGGUGCUAAAUUGUUUGCAGCAAAACCUCUGCCAGUAUCAACUUUGGAGAAUACUUUGAUAUGGUUCGCUGUUUUUGAAGAUGGCAUACAUGUCCUUGAAUACACCUCAAUGAAAUUAAUAACAACGUAUUUAUACAAGAACUUGAUGACCUUUGGAGGCUAUCAAGAUGAUUUCAUGCUGGUGGUUAAUAAUGUGCUCACACAAGAAAAGCCAACCAAAAAACUUUUGUUUACUAUGGCCAAACCAAAGAUUCUUGAGAUUACUCUGCUGAUUGCCAGCUACAUUAACAGCUGCCAUCUUCAAAAGGGAUAUGCCCAUCACCUGUCUGCUCCAGCAUCACUGUCUCCACAGGCAGGAAGACAAAAAAGUAAUAUUGGAUGUCAACCAUUUUUGCUGAAGAAUAGGCCAACCAAAGGACCUACUUUGCUAUAAAAAGAUCAGAUACUGUACCUGUGAAAAUGUAUGCUAGUUUAUGUAUUUUCAAGUGGCUACACUGGGAAAGAGGAAUAAUGCUUUGGAAAUAAGAAUGUCAACACACUCUUUUUCCUCCUUUCCUUGUGAUCUAUGUCAGUGCCCCUUAAUUUAUCCACAGAAUUAAAAUGUCUCAAGAAAUAUGUGAAUAAUGAAAAAAAGUGAAUUGUGAAAGCUGUCAGAUAGCAUAAUACUCUUGGUGUUUGUGGGUACCGUCGUUAUAAUCGGAUCAUUCCACAAAGUAUUUCUUUAUAUAUUUGGAACAGUUUCAAGAAGAGAAUGAAGCUUCCAGUUGGUUGGUUAGCAUCCAUGGUAACUUGUUGAAUCUAAAUAAUAUACAUCGUGUUUAUGAACAAAACCUAACCAAGCAAACAAAGGAAAAAUCAGACUCUGCUUACUACCGGUUUGCUUCUUUACACAUUAUUUUACAACAUUAAUACAUGGAAGAGUAACCUCUCUUCCCUCCCCCCAAGUCACAGAGUAUUGAAAUACCAAAUCAUGAGAUUUCAGCCUCUUUUGACACAUACCUAAAUUAAUGUGAAAUGCUUUAAUUAAAGUUACACUUAGUGUUUAAGUUCUUAGGUAAAAUCUUGGGUUUUUAUGUUCAUGUUCUUAGAGAGUACCUCAUCUUCUUUUUUCCAUCUACUCUUCUUGCUUUUUAAAUCUAGUCUUUUAGACCUGGGUUUCUUAUACUGUGGGUCACAACCCCAAAUGGGGUCAGUUUAGUUCAGAGUUUCUCAAACUGUGCUCCUCCAGUUUUGGACUUCUGAUCCCACAAUUCCUAACAGCUGGAGGAGCAGAUUUUGAAAAAAAUUGCCUUAGCUCAUAAUUGGAAUCCUACAAAACUUCUCUGAACGCCACCUAGUGGCUGUUUUAGACAUUUACAGUGCAGUAUUUACGGUGGACUGCAGAAUAUCUAUGUAUUUAUAUUCAAGAUAACAUUUCCAGUGUGUUCACAAUAUUAUCUUUGAUUUGCUGUUCUUUAAGGUGCUACUUGACUCUUCAGUGUCUUUGAAGUAUCGCUUUAAAAAAUUUUCACAGAAUUUUGCAUCCAUCAUGUUUGCUGCUUGUCUCAAUGGAGACUAAUUGUGGUACACAAAUACAUUUUUAUAGAGCUAGAGUUUAUUUUAUUUAUUUUUACCCUGCCCUUCUCACCUGUAGGGACUCAAGGCGGCUUACAACAGUCGGCAAUUUACAUUGCCCAGAACACAUUCAAUAACAAUAACAAAAUCAAUAAACAUUACAACAAUACCACAUCAAUUAAAAAUUCUAUUAAAACAUGAAUUAUAAAAUUUUAAAAUGCAUAUGUAGUUAGAUUAAAUAAUGUGAUAUCACUAAUGGUACAGAUUUAACUUACUCAUUUUAAAGUUGUAUCAUGCAAAACCUCAAUCACACCCUCAUCCUGACUCUGUAAAAGAGAACUGCAUUAUAAUUAGCAUAUUUCUUUUAUUCUAAGGCACACAUUUCCCCCCUAUAAAUAUCUCUAACAACGAGAUGUGUCUUAGAAUUGUGGGUGCAUAUAUAUAUAGCUUUUUUCCUUUUGGUGGUACUGAAAUUAGUGUGUGUCUUACAACUGAUAGUAUUAUUGUUAUGUUUAUGACCUACCUUUUGCCAACCUCAGGACUUAAGGCAGGUUACAAAAACUAAAACAAUUACAUAUUAAAUAAUAAUGUGCAAAAAGUAAAAAACAAACAAACUACCCUAUCAACAGAAUGAGAAUCCCCUUAAAAGCAUUAUAUUAAAAAGAAACAAAAGUUGUUGUUGUGUGCCUUCAAGUUAUUUCCUACAAAAACAUGGACUUUUCUUGACAAGGUUUGUUCAGAGUGGGGCUUCCAUUGCCUUUCUCUGAGAUUGAGAGAAUGUGAGUUGCCGAAGGCCACACAAUGGGUUUCCAUGGCUGAUUAUUCAAACCCAUUUCUUCCAGAGUCCUUGUCCAACACUCAAACCACUAUAACACACUAACAGUAUGGCACACUAUUAAAUGCCUUUCCCCAUAAACAGGCAGGGUUUAAAAGUCUUGUAAAAAUAAUCUUCACUUGCCAACAUAAGGACACCAUGGAAGGAAUUUCUAGAAUGUGAGUUCCAGAGCUAAAUCACAGCCAUGGAAAAGGCUCUCCUGCAUUUCCACAUAGGGUGCAUUUACAAUGCAGUUUGAACCCACUUUAAUUGCCAGGCUCAGGGAUAUGGAACCCUGGAAGUUGUAGUUCUUUAGCCUUUUUGCCAAUGAUUGCUGGUGCCUCCCCAAACUACAACUCCCAGGAUUCCAUAGUAAUGAGCCAUUGCAGUUAAAGUGGUGUCAAACUGCAUUCAUUCUACAAUGUAGAUGCACCCCCUGUGAGGGUAGUGGAACAGAAAAGUAAUAAUCAGAAGACCUCAAAGCCCAAGCAGACUUGUAUGAGGGAAUAUUAUCUUUCAUAUAAGCAUGAUAAGGACCAGAUAAACGGACUUCUAUAUCACAUGGUAGAUCAGUAUAAACUGGAUGCACAACAAUAAGGGUAUAUCUAGACAUCCAUCCAGAUACCUAUCUCUACUUCAUUAUUAGCAUGUACAUCAACAUACAAUUGCAAUUAGUGAUAGAUAAAUAUUUUUUUUUAUUUCUACAAUUGAAUAAUCAUUUUUAUUUCUACAAACAAAAGACUGUGAGAUCUGCACCAGUGAUGGUUACAGGAAAGCUGUUCACAUAAAUAAUAAAUUUUAUGUGUAAUCCAUAAAUGUUGAAUUCCUGACAAAUUAAAAUGCCUUGUUUAAUAAACCUAAUAAAUAUUUCAUGGAAGGAAACUGUUCUUCAAACAAACAAAAUAACUAUAGAACAUUAAUUUAUGUAUAGAUUAUUUGUAUUUAUUUUGUGGAUAUUUACCAAAUUUUUGUAUAUUGUAUUUUUAUAUGACCAUUUAGUAAAUAAAUACGUUAUCAAAGAAA